AUGUCCCCGACCAACGAAACAUCGCCAGAGGAAGAAGACGCUCCUGUUGAAGUUAAGGAAUAUAAAUACAUCACAUGGACCAAAGAAAUAAGCUCGAAGAAGAGGUUCAAGACCAAGUACGCAAAAGAGUGUGACGAGCUAAAAGCUCUCAUUAUAAGACUAUGGCCUAAAGUUCGUGGCUAUCAUCCUGAAGUUAUCGUCCGCCACAAAGACGGACCAAAUUAUCUCGUCGACGUAGCUGAUGCGGAUGACAAAGACUCGGAGGAUAAGAUUACGCUAUUACCGCAAGGCGAGCUCCCUUCGAAACCGAAGCUUAGAGUUGCAAUCCUGGACUUGAUUGAGGAACUAAAGUCCCUGGACGAAGAUAAGAGCUGGAAUGCAGUUGAUUUGGAGAACGUCGACGCCGUUGAGGCAGAAACUGGAAUUCUCAAGGAGCGUUUGCAGGCCACAUGUCCGGAACGCUGGGAGCUGCGGGGAAAACCGAAGGGAAAACCACCAGUAUGGCAUUCGAUAAUCGAAAAAACGAAGGAUGGUCGACACUGGGAACGCAUCGGUUCGAAAGACUUUGACUCGGAGCUCAAGAUGGCUCUAUGGAUGAGGAGGCAAGUGAGAAGAGCGCUACUUGCUACCCAGGAUACAGCGAAUAACGAUCAGCCAAAGAGGGAGUCGGUGAAGAAGGACUCGCCAAAGAAGGAUCCGGCGAAGAAGCCACAGAGAAACGGUUACUGGGUGAGGAACCAAAAAAAGUGA